CUAUUAAAUCAGUCAGCAAUAAGAUUGUAUUUGUUUUACUUUGGUGAACUCGCCAACUUUUGCUUAUAUGUAGAACGGCUCCCAGGUUUGUAAAUAACAUCUGAAGAAUUAAUCCGCGGAGUGACACAGCACAUAGCAUUUAGCAGCUAAAAAGGUGGUAACAAAAUCGAGAACUAUGAAAGAUUGUAUUCACCCAAACAUGGAGUCCGGGUCUGAAGACUUUGUACCGCCGCCGGAAUGCCCUGUGUUCGAGCCUACCUGGGUGGAAUUCCAAGACCCUCUUGGUUACAUAGCUAAAAUCAGGCCCAUCGCAGAGAAGUCGGGCAUUUGCAAGAUCCGCCCACCUGCGGACUGGCAGCCUCCUUUUGCUGUACAAGUUGAUAACUUCAGAUUCACUCCUCGGAUCCAGAGGCUAAAUGAACUAGAGGCUCAGACCAGAGUGAAACUGAACUACUUAGACCAGAUUGCAAAAUUCUGGGAAAUUCAAGGCUCUUCAUUAAAGAUUCCCAACGUGGAGAGGAGGAUCUUGGAUCUCUACAGCCUUAGUAAGAUUGUAAUGGAAGAAGGUGGUUAUGAAGCCAUCUGCAAGGAUCGUCGAUGGGCCCGAGUUGCCCAGCGUCUUAAUUACCCGCCAGGCAAAAACAUUGGCUCCCUUCUACGUUCUCAUUAUGAACGAAUCAUUUACCCUUACGAAAUGUUUCAGUCUGGAGCCAACCUUGUGCAAUAUAAUACACACCCACUUGACAGUGAGGAAAAAGACAAGGAAUACAAGCCCCAUAGCAUUCCUCUUAGACAGUCUGUGCAGCCUUCAAAGUUCAGCAGCUACAGUCGACGAGCAAAAAGACUACAACCUGAACCAGAGCCCACAGAAGAAGACAUUGAGAAAAAUCCAGAACUAAAGAAACUACAAAUAUAUGCAGGCCCCAAGAUGAUGGGCUUAGGCCUUGUGGCUAAGGAUAAAACGCUACAGAAGAAAGAUAAAGAAGAGAUUAUGUGUCCCCCCACUGUUAUGGUGAAGGAGGAACCCUGUAGGAUUGGAAACAUGGCAUCAGCAUUGACCAAGGAGGAAUUAGGUCACAGCCUAGAGCCUUGCACCAAGAUGACUAUGAGGCUGCGGAAUCAUCACAACAGUAACCAGUUUAUUGAUUCAUAUGUUUGCCGGAUAUGUUCUCGAGGAGAUGAAGAUGAUAAGCUUCUUCUUUGUGAUGGCUGUGAUGAUAAUUACCACAUCUUCUGCCUGUUGCCACCUCUUCCUGAAAUCCCCAGAGGGAUAUGGAGGUGCCCAAAGUGUAUAUUGGCGGAAUGUAAGCGUCCCCCUGAAGCUUUUGGCUUUGAGCAGGCCACCCAGGAGUACACUUUGCAGAGUUUUGGUGAGAUGGCUGAUUCAUUCAAGGCUGACUACUUCAACAUGCCGGUACAUAUGGUGCCUACAGAAGUUGUGGAAAAGGAAUUCUGGAGGCUGGUGAGCAGCAUUGAGGAGGAUGUGACAGUUGAGUAUGGAGCAGAUAUUCAUUCCAAAGAAUUUGGUAGUGGCUUUCCUGUCAGCAAUAGCGAACAGGCUCUAUCCCCUGAAGAACAGGAGUAUGCAGCCAGUGGUUGGAACCUGAAUGUGAUGCCAGUGCUGGAUCAGUCUGUUCUCUGUCACAUCAAUGCAGACAUCUCAGGCAUGAAAGUGCCUUGGCUGUAUGUGGGCAUGGUUUUUUCAGCAUUUUGUUGGCAUAUUGAGGAUCACUGGAGUUACUCCAUUAACUACCUGCACUGGGGUGAGCCAAAGACCUGGUAUGGAGUACCCUCACUGGCAGCAGAACAUUUGGAGGAGGUGAUGAAGAGGUUGACACCUGAGCUAUUUGAUAGCCAGCCUGACCUGUUACACCAACUUGUCACUCUUAUGAAUCCCAACAUUCUUAUGUCACAUGGCGUACCAGUUGUCCGCACAAACCAAUGUGCUGGGGAGUUUGUCAUCACUUUUCCUCGUGCUUACCACAGUGGCUUUAACCAAGGCUAUAACUUUGCUGAGGCUGUCAACUUUUGCACUGCUGACUGGCUACCUACUGGACGCCAGUGUAUUGACCACUACCGCCGGCUACGGCGCUAUUGUGUCUUCUCCCAUGAAGAGCUUAUUUGCAAGAUGGCUGCAUUCCCAGAGAAGUUGGAUCUGAAUCUAGCAGUGGCUGUGUACAAGGAAAUGUUUAUUAUGGUACAGGAGGAGCGACGUCUACGAAAGACCUUGUUGGAGAAGGGCAUCACGGAGGCUGAGAGAGAGGCUUUUGAGCUGCUUCCAGAUGAUGAGCGUCAGUGCAUCAAGUGCAAGACUACAUGCUUCCUGUCAGCUCUGGCGUGCUAUGACUGCCCAGAUGGCCUGGUUUGCCUUUCCCAUAUCAGUGAUCUCUGCAAGUGCUCAAGUAGCCGACAGUACCUGCGCUAUCGGUAUACCUUGGAUGAGCUGCCUGCCAUGCUGCAUAAGCUAAAGAUUCGGGCUGAGUCUUUUGACAGCUGGGCCAACAAAGUAAGAGUGGCUCUGGAGGUGGAAGAUGGCCGAAAACGCAGCUUCGAAGAACUAAGGGCACUGGAGUCUGAGGCCCAUGAGAGAAGAUUUCCUAAUAGUGAGUUGCUUCAACGAUUGAAGAACUGCUUAAGUGAGGCAGAGGCUUGUGUUUCCCAAGUCCUGGGGCUAGUCAGCAGCCAAAAGGCCAGGAUGGAAACCCCACAACUGACCCUGAAUGAACUGCAGGUCCUUCUUAAGCAGAUGGGCAGCCUGCCCUGUGUUAUGCAUCAGAUUGGGGAUGUUAAGGAUAUCUUGGAACAGGUAGAAGCCUACCAAGCCGAGGCCCAAGAGGCUCUGACUUCACUGCCCUGUAGUGUAGGGCUGCUGCAGUCCCUCUUGGAGAAGGGGCAGCAGUUGGGUGUGGAAGUGCCUGAAGCCCAUCAGCUUCAGCAGCAGAUGGAACAGGCACAAUGGCUAGACGAAGUGAAGCAGGCACUGGCCCCCUCAUCCCAAAGGGGCUCUCUGGUCAUCAUGCAGGGGCUGUUGGUUAUGGGUGCCAAGAUAUCCUCCAGUGCUUCUGUAGACAAGGCCCGAGCUGAGCUCCAAGAACUGUUGACCAUUGCAGAGUGCUGGGAAGAAAAGGCCCAUUUUUGCCUGGAGGCAGGUCAAAAGCAUCCUCCAGCCACAUUGGAGGCUAUAAUCCGUGAGGCAGAAAACAUCCCCAUUCAUCUGCCUAAGAUCCAGGCACUGAAAGAAGCUCUAACUAAAGCACAGGCUUGGAUUGCUGAUGUGAAUGAGAUUCAAAAUGGUGACCACUACCCAUGCUUAGAUGACUUGGAGGGCCUGGUAGCUGUGGGCCGGGACCUACCUGUGGAGCUGGAGGAGUUGAGGCAGCUAGAGAUUCAGGUGCUAACAGCACAUUCCUGGAAGGAAAAGGCUUUCAAGACCUUUCUCAAGAAGAAUUCUUGCUACACUCUCCUGGAGGUGCUCUGCCCAUGUGUAGAUACUGGCUCAGUCAACACCAAGCGUAGUCGGUGGAUGGAAAAGAAGUUGGGGUUGUACAAAUACGACACAGACCUGCUGGGAUUGUCUGCACAAGACUUUAGGAAUCCAGGCUCUGUGAUCAUGGCCUUCAAGGAGGGGGAGCAGAAGGAAAAAGAAGGUAUCUUGCAGCUGCGUCGCAUCAAUUCAACCAAGUCCAAUCUACUGGCAUCAUCAACCACUGCUUCCUCUGCAACUUCCGUUUGUGUGUGUGGGCAGGUACCAGCAGGAGUAGGAGCUCUGCAGUGUGACCUGUGUCAGGACUGGUUCCAUGGGCAGUGUGUGACAGUGCCCCACCUCCUCAGGUCCCUAAGAUCCAGUUCCACCUCAUCUCCACUUCAGGCCUGGUGGGAAUGGGACACCAAAUUCUUAUGUCCACUGUGCAUGCGCUCACGGCGCCCACGCCUAGAAACCAUACUGGCACUGUUGGUAGCCUUGCAGAGACUUCCUGUACGGCUGCCCGAGGGUGAGGCCUUGCAGUGCCUCACAGAGAGGGCCAUUGGUUGGCAAGGCCGUGCCAGACAGGCUCUUGCCUCUGAGGAUGUGUCUGCUCUGUUGGGAAAGCUUGCCAAACUCCGACGACGACUACAGGCUGAACCCAGAUGGGAGGAGUUCCCUAUGUACUUGUCAGAUAAUGCUUCUAACUCUCUCAGAGAGAACAAGGAUACCCCUAAGGUCAAGGAGUUGCUGUUGAAUGGAGACAGUGUGACCAGUCCUAAGAAGAUGGCUGCUGGGGUGGUCUCAGAUUUGGAGCUGUUGUCCUCACUAUUACCACAGUUGACUGGCCCUGUGCUGGAAUUGCCUGAGUCAACCCGGGUACCCCUGGAGGAACUUAUGAUGGAGGGUGACCUGCUUGAAGUAACUCUGGAUGAGAACCACAGCAUCUGGCAGCUGCUACAAGCUGGGCAGCCUCCAGACUUGAAGCGGAUCCACACACUUCUGGAGCUUGAGAAGCCUGAGCAUCAGGAGACUCAGACAAGGUACCAGGCAUUGGAGAGACAGCAGCGGCAGCGGCGGAGGCAGAAAGUGGGUCAGAGUAAGAAGAAUGAAAAUCUUACUCAAGAAGAACUGCCAUCAAAAAGGGCCCGGAAUUCAGGGAUUAAUCCUGAGAAAGAACAGUUUGAAAAGGAAAUAGAUGGGGAAAAUAUGUUCCUGACAUCCUCUGCAGACCACCACCCCAUCUUGAAAAGGAACAAGAAUAGCUUACAACAGAAAGAUCCAAGCUCCUCAACCUCUUUUUCUUCUUUAUCACCUUGGUUACACCUGUCUUGCCCUCAUCAGCAAGAGUUAUGACAGUAGAAUAAAUGGCUGUUUUUAUUUAUUUUUAUUUUUUUUUUAAUUUCCUUUUGCCAGGACCUAAGAAGGGGUUUAUUUUCUAUGUAAAAUUUUUCUCCAGAUUUUUAUAUCCUAACUCCUAGGGGUGUUAAAGCUCAGUUCCUGAGAGCCAUUCCCUGUAUGCCUCUUCCCAGCAGCAUUCCUGGAAAUAACAUACAGAAAGUGAUUCUUAAGCAAACUUCAUUCUUAUCUGUAUAGAGACAAUAAAAUUUGAGAAAGGCUAAGUUACCUUUUUUUUUUUUCUAUUUCAAUUCUUUUAUUUCUUUUUGUAAGUCUCAAAUUUGUAUCUUUAAAAUGAGCCUCUUCCACCUUCAUCCUGUCUCUUUUUCUUCCUUUGGUUCAGAUUGUAAGAAAAGACGCUGUAUGUUGUAAUUACUUGUUUAAGGCAAGAAAGAAUAGAGAAAAACAACAAAGUCUUGUUCCAGCUGUCUAUUUUUAAUUUACUUCCUUUUGUUAAAAAUAAAAUGAUGGGUGUGUUUUGAAACUAGAUCUGAUCUGUAUUUCUUGGACUAUAGACGUUGAAUAUUCAGGCUGGAAAACAUCCCAAUAACUUGUCAUAAUUUGUAAUGAUAUUUGGCUGGAUGUGGGAA